AAUCCACUCCUCCCAUCCCAUCUAGUCGCUGUUGCAGGAUAGGAUACGUAGAUUGACGGACGACAACCGAGUGCGCUCCGUAAGCAGCACCGCACCGCACCGCACCGCUGAUCGACAGCUCCAACGCCUCGACAGUCGCUCUCACACGUCCCGCACCCUCCGACCAUACAACCCGACGGAGUAGACAUACACCACACCCGAACCAAAUUCUCCCUCACUCAUCUCGAAGUAACACUGGCCACCACACGCUAGGGCGGUGAAGCCCACCCAGGCGCCGUCGACAUGGCCGCCGCCGUCUCCGGCAUGUUCAAUAGGGGCAUGGGCCCGUCCAGCAAGGACAAUACCAUGCGCGGUCUCGUCUCCUUCAUCGCCGACCUACGAAAUGCCCGAGCACGCGAACUCGAAGAAAAGCGAAUCAACAAGGAAUUGGCCAACAUCCGCCAGAAGUUCAAAGGCGGCAACCUCUCGGGCUACGACAAGAAGAAGUAUGUCUGCAAGUUGCUGUACAUUUACAUUCUGGGCUGGAAUGUCGACUUUGGACACCUCGAGGCUGUCAACCUGAUUUCCGCGACCAAGUACUCGGAAAAGCAGAUUGGCUAUCUGGCUGUGACGCUCUUCCUGUACGAGGGACAUGAACUGCUACACUUGGUCGUGAAUAGCAUUCGAAAAGAUCUGGCAGAUCAUAAUGAGCUGAACAAUUGCCUGGCGCUGCACGCGAUUGCGAACGUGGGCGGGAAAGAGAUGGGUGAGGCACUUUGUGUGGAAGUGCAUCGGCUGUUAAUCUCCCCAGCGAGUAAACCUUUUGUGAAAAAGAAGGCUGCUCUGACACUCUUGAGACUAUACCGCAAAGUCCCCACGAUCGUUCAACCCGAGUGGGCGGAGAGGAUCAUUGCGAUCAUGGACGAUCCGGAUCUGGGCGUUGCGUUGAGUGUCACGAGUUUGGUCAUGACGCUGGCACAGGACGAUCCAGAGAGCUACAAGGGAAGCUAUGUGAAAGCUGCGCAAAGAUUGAGAAAGCUAGUUGUGGAGCAGGACUACGCGGGCGACUAUGUCUACUACAAGGUGCCGUGUCCGUGGUUACAAGUCAAGCUGCUGCGACUGCUGCAGUACUUUCCGCCUUCCGAGGACUCGCAUGUCAGACAGCUCAUGCGAGAAUCCCUGCAGGUUGUUCUGGAUAAUGCCAUGGAGAGUCCGAAGAAUGUGCAGCAGAAUAACGCACAGAAUGCAGUACUGUUCGAAGCGAUCAAUUUGAUCAUCCAUUUGGACACCGAGCGAGACCUGAUGGUGCAGAUCUCGACCAAGCUGGGAAAGUUCAUUGGGAGCAGAGAGACAAAUGUCAGGUAUCUCGGGCUCGAAGCCAUGACACACUUGUCCGUGAGAGCGGAGAACCUGGACCCUAUCAAGAAGCACCAGGAUAUCAUCAUCGGAUCAUUACGAGAUCGAGACAUUACAGUGCGACGGCAGGGGCUCGAUCUACUCUACAGCAUGUGUGACUCGACGAACUCGCAGAAGAUCGUGCACGAACUGCUGAAAUACUUGCAGUCUGCGGACUAUGCGAUACGAGAAGAGAUGGUGCUCAAGAUCGCCAUUCUGACCGAGAAAUAUGCAACGGAUGUCAAAUGGUACGUGGACAUCUCGAUGCGGCUGAUUGCAAUGGCUGGAGAUCAUGUGAGUGAUGAGGUCUGGCAACGAAUCAUCCAGAUCGUGACGAACAACGACGAACUGCAAGUCUAUGCGGCACAGAAUAUCCUGCAGUACUGCAAAGCCGACCACUGCCACGAGACGCUCGUCAAGAUUGGCAGCUACAUCCUGGGCGAGUUUGGACAUUUGAUUGCAGAUACAAAGUCAUGCAGUCCGAUCGAGCAAUUCCUCGCACUUCAAGCCAAGUUUGGAUCAUGUUCGCCUGUCACACGAGCCAUGAUUCUGUCGGCAUUCUUCAAAUUUGUCAACCUGUUUCCUGAAAUCCGGCCUCAGUUACUCUCUGCUUUCAGGACAUAUAGUCACUCGUUGGACUCUGAACUGCAACAACGUGCGUGUGAGUACUUGACCAUAUCGACCAUGCCAUCAGACGACCUGUUGCGAACGAUAUGCGAUGAGAUGCCUGCAUUCCCGGAGCGAGCCUCUGCUCUGCUUUCUCGACUGGACAAGAAAUCUAGCGCAGCCGGCGAUAAACGAACAUGGGCCAUCACCGGCAAAGAUGCCGCUCCUGGCCUUGAUAGAAGUGCUACACUGAAGAGGAACUUCUCCAACUCCGCAGUGACCACUCUCAACGGAGCAAAUGGCACCACCAACGGCGCGAACGGCGCGUACAAGAAUGGCGCGGUGAAGACGCCCAUCGAUGAGCUCGCUGGGCUGGACUUGACGAGUGGAAGCACUAAUCUCGCAUCCGCAGCACAUCUGUCACCGGGUUGGGAGGAAGGCUAUAACAGACUGCUCAUGCGCUCCGAAGGCCUCCUCUACGAAGAUGCUCAACUACAGGUGGGCUGCAGAACAGAGUACCGUGCCGAAGUGGGCUGCGUGAUUCUGUACUUUACCAACAAAUCUCCUGCGCCGAUGCAGUCAUUCACAACCACGAUCGACAACCCAUCGACAGAGCAACUCAAGACGGAAACGAAAAACCUUCCCGAGACAAAAGUUCACACCGGCGAACAAACGAGCCAAAUGAUCAUUUUCACAGCCCAUGGUGUAUUCACCGAGUCUCCUACCAUACGAGUAUCAUACAUGGCGGGAUCUUUACAAGCAGUCACAUUGAAACUGCCUGUGGCGCUGCACAAAUACAUGGACGCUGCUGUGUUAUCUUCCGAUGACUUCUUCAAGAGAUGGAAACAAAUCGGUGGCGCACCGAGAGAAAGUCAGAAGAUUUUCAAAGCCUAUGAUAUUUCUACGGAUUCGACGAAACGAUCACUGACGGGACUGAAAUGGGGUGUUCUCGAUGGAGUCGAUCCCAACACCAAGAACUUUGUCGGAGCAACAGUUCUGCAUACUGCUGGCGGUAAAUUUGGGUGUUUGUUAAGAUUGGAACCCAACCAUGAGAACAAGAUGUAUCGCCUCACAAUCCGAGCUACAGACGAAGCUGUUCCCCCGGUUUUGAUGAAGAUGAUGGAAGAGAGACUCAGGGAGCCCUUUCCCAUGUAAUUUUGUCGCAAAUCAUCACAAAACUUCUUCAUUCGCCCUUCAUGGGCCAAACGGACGCGGAACGUCCACUUUGCAGUAGUCUCAAAAAGAGUCUACCAGAAAUCAGAAGAAGAUUGACUGCACAAUUGUACGAUAAAUUAAAAAAAAUCCAAUACCACAUAGUGACUUUGUCUUGCACUAGAAGAAGAC